CGGAGACGGAGCUGCAACUUCCCGGGCCGAGCCGAGCUGCUGUCAUCGGCCUCUUCCGCUAACGAUGUUGAGCUAACUGCAGGACUGAAGCCUUGACAGCACCGCGCCCUGAAACCAGAACCGACCCAGACCUCCCGGCUCCUCCGGCCCCGCCUCACUCCGUCCUCAGGUGGCAGCAUGGAGCGGCCCGGCAGCAUCCAGCUGGACAUCCCUGACUUCAGUAACUCGGUUCUGACUCACCUGAACCAGCUGCGGGUCCAGGGUCGUCUGUGUGACAUCGUGGUCCAGGUUCAGGGUCAGAGUUUCCGCGCUCACAAAGUGGUCCUCGCCGCCAGCUCGCCGUACUUCCGAGACCACAUGUCUCUGAGCCAGAUGAGCACGGUGUCUCUGACCGUGAUCCGGAACCCGUCGGUGUUCGAGCAGCUGCUGUCCUUCUGCUACACGGGUCGUCUGUGCCUGCAGCUCGCCGACAUCAUCAGUUAUCUGACUGCUGCCAGCUUCCUGCAGAUGCAGCACAUCAUUGACCGCUGCACGCAGAUCCUGGAGGGGAUCCACCUGAAGAUCAGCCUGGCCGACCUGGACCAUGAGUCCAGGGAGGACGAGGCGCGAGGGUCCAGGAGCGCUCGGAACCUGGAGGCCGUAGUCCGAGGAGGAAGUCAUCACCACGCCAGUCUGCGGAUAUUGGGCCCGCGGGGCGGAGGGGAGGCUCGGGACGCCAUCAGCCCCGCGGAGGAGCCCAUCAGCCCGUCCCCAACUGUGGAGCACAGCGGACUGGAGGGGGGCGGGGCCACGGUUGUUGGCAGAACGGGAAAAGAACCGAUCCUUCGCAUCAACCGGGCCGGUCAGUGGUAUGUGGAGACGAGCAGCGAGCCGGACAGGAGUGGCAGUGCCGAGGAGGGUGGCAGCGUGGAGGGAGUCCACAUCAAGUCAGAGAGGAUGGAGGAGGAGUGGCUCACAGCCGAGCAACAGGAAGAGGCGGGGCCAGUGGAGGAGGGCACCACCGUGAUGAUUGACACGUCAGGACGCAGCACGCUGGUCACGGGGCAAGGCGUGGGUCCACGGAGUGUCCAACCAUCGUCCAGCUUCAGUGAGACUGACCGGUUCAGUCCCACAGGAAGUGUGGUCGUCCUGACCGAGCGUCAGCGGGCGAAGAGUGAGUCUCCGAACAGAGUGGACGAUGUGAGACAGUCCAGUUCACAGGGGGAGGAGCAUGCAGCGUUUGACAUGGGAGGCUACGAGGAUUACCUGAGGGAGCAGGUAGGCGAUCGUUGGUUCCGCUACAACCCACGUCUCACCUGCAUCUACUGCUGCAAGUCCUUCAACCAGAAGGGCAGCCUGGACCGACACAUGCGCCUGCACAUGGGCAUCACGCCGUUCGUGUGUCGCAUCUGUGGGAAGAAGUACACGCGUAAAGAUCAGCUGGAAUAUCACAUUCGUAAACACACGGGAAACAAACCGUUCCACUGCCACGUCUGCGGCAAGAGCUUCCCGUUCCAGGCCAUCCUUAACCAGCACUUCCGCAAGAACCACCCGGGCUGCACGCCACAGGAAGCCCACAGCGCGUCCCCUGAGACCACCACCACCUCCGUCACAUCCAGAGGAGGUCCUGGAGACGAGGCCUCGCCCAGCAGGGAGGAGCCAGAGGGAGCGGGCGGAGGCAGCGGCGGAGGAGGCGGCGCCCAGUACGGCGAAGGUCCGCAGGCCUCGGUCUCCACCACCGGACCGGACUGACCCGGCUGAGGUUUCAGAGGUCAGGGGUCAGACCUGGCCGACACACACAAACACCUCAGUCCGAACUGAGAUUUGUUUCUGCUUUAAACCGCAUCUACCUUCACGAACCAAAACAAACCAAGAGAACGCCACACACUCCACGACAACCUCAUACACCGGAGUCCUCGCUAGACUCCGCCUCUUUCUGUUACCGUGUCAUCGCUUUAUAUUCGCAUCACAACCACUUUGCCAAAAUAUUCAAAAUAAUCUCAGUGCCAGUUUAACAACUUCAAUCCUUCAUGUUUGCCUUUGACAAUCCACAGUCCAGAGGGUUAAUGAUAAAUGGCGUCGCCACGGUGACGCCCUGGUGACGACCAGGGCAAUGGUGGCGCCACGGCGACCGAAACAGA